AUGCCAAUUGGGGAAGAGGAAUAUCACGGACCGCCUAGCUCCUCUACAUGGGAUCACGCAGGAGUGUCAGAUUUGCUUGAUCUCGAUACGAUCGUGCGCCUGAAUAGUGAACUUGCUCAGAAUACUCGACUCACUUCAGCCACACAAUCAGAUUUCGGACGAUCUCCCCCGUUCUCCGAUACUAUUGACCAGGUAUCUGAGACUGCCAAUCGAGACACGGUGAUGGACGAUUCGGAAGAUCAGUACGGGAAUCAAGAAGUGGUCCAAUUUCGAUCCGGAUACAAGAUCAUCUCAGAAACUCCCAUGAAACCUCAGAGUACUUCCAACGAAGAGCACAGAUUUGACCGUCGACUAACAGAGAUAAAUAGGGAUUCACGAACUCGACCACUUACUUCUGCCCCUGGAAAUACCAGUACUAUCGAAGAAGACAAUGAUAAAACGCGACGACGCUAUCGACCUGGAGAUCUGUGUGAUAAAUCCACUCAUACAUUCGACAGACCCAAGGGUAUAUUGAUUGGAAAGAAUCUCAGCGCUAAAUGUCAUUAUUGUAAAGCUACAGUUGUUCACACUGAGCUACCUGCCAUCGUCAGAGUACCUUGUCAAGGUACCGAUCUGUUCAACGACUCGGAGAAAUCCCGUUUCGCACAUCGUCUCAAGCAGAGUUCCAAUUCGGAUAUGAUCGUUUGUAUGAAAGUAGGGUGUGAGCUUAGUUUUCAAGCUGAGAAUGUUGUUUGGAGGACACCUAAGGAGAGGACCUUGAGGCGAAAGGCGAAAGAGGAAGAGUGA